AUGCUCGAGCUGCAUCCGGACGGUGGCGAAGUGCAUCUUCAUCGCACACCAACCGCGGCCACGACCCGGUCCGCGCUGGAGGCAAUAAAGAAAAAGUUUGAGCUUUCGGCCGCCACCGCCACCAAAAGCGACAAACUGCUGCUGCUGGAACGGAACAAGGAAGACAAAGCAUCACUUCCGGCGCCGAUCGGUUCCGUGACACCGGACGGGACCGAUCCGCCGGCAGUGAAGCCUCCAUCGGCCGUCGGUCUGAUUGAUUCCCGUGGGUGCGCCAAACCAGCGAAAAAGUUCGGCGGAACUCGCAGCGAGUUCGUCGGCAAACUGCGAGCCCUCUGUGAAGCGGGCGGUGUAACGGGCCUCGCCGGUAGUGGAGGAGGAGCAGGCAGUGGUGGUAGUGGUGGAAGAGGCGGAGGAGGAGGAGGAGGCAUCGAGGAAAAGCGCAUCAGCAAAAGCACCGACGACAUCGCGGACAGCGAAGAGCGCGAUAUGACCAACACACAGCUCUGGUUCCGUGGCGUUCGGCCAUCAAAGUUCCGGCACGUCUAUGGCCUGCCAACGCGCAAGGAAUGCUGCUACACCGACAUCAGCGUGGUGCGAAGUGGCAACGAUGGCAAUUUCUGUGCCGUCAACCCAACCUUCCUGGCCAUCGUCGCCGACACUACGUUCGUCGUCAUUCCGAUUGCCACGACCGGGCGCAUCGAUUUCCAGUGCUGCAAGGUGAUCGGACACGCCGGGCAGAUACUCGACCUAAAGUGGAACCCUUUUGAUGAUCACACCAUCGCGUCUGCCUCGGACGACUGUACGGUCAAAAUUUGGAACAUCCCCGAGGGUGGACUAGCCAGUAACCUGACAAGCUUCACGAUCGAACUGGUGGGUCACAAACGCAAGGUGUUGCACAUCGAGUGGCAUCCAACUGCGGCCAAUGUGUUGCUGAGUGCAGGUUUCGAUCACACCGUGUGUGUGUGGGACACGGCAAACACCGAAAGGCCACUACUGAACGUGAUCGAUUGCCACGUCGACAUGAUUUACAGUCUCGCGAUUAACCGGGACGGUUCGAUGAUUGCUACCACGUCGAAGGACAAGAAGCUGCGCGUAAUAGAGCCACGCAGUGGCAUCGUCGUCUCGGAGGGAGUCUGUCACAUGGGCACCAAGUGUUCGAAGGCGGUCUUUCUGGACAAUGGCCGUAUCCUAACGACGGGUUUCUCGCGUCACUCCGAUCGUCAGUACGCCGUCUGGGAUCAGCACGAUUUGCGGAAGCCACUGACGCAGGAGGUGAUCGACAGCUCGAGUGGCAUCGUUACGCCGUACUACGAUUACGACACGCGUAUGGUGUACCUAGCGGGCAAGGGAGAUGGCAACAUCCGGUACUACGAGGUGGUGGAUGAGCUACCGUACGUGCACUAUCUGAACCAGUUUCUGUCAGGCCAGCCGCAGAAGGCGCUCGGGUUCAUGCCGAAGCGUGGUCUUAAUGUGCACCAGUGUGAAGUGUUCCGUUUCUAUAAGCUGCACGCGGCUGGCAACGUCUGUGAACCCAUCUCGAUGAUUGUGCCGCGUAAAUCGACCCUUUUCCAGAGCGAUUUGUAUCCGGAUACGCUUGCCAACGUACCGGCGAUUGGGGCGAAGGAGUGGUUCCAGGGACGUAACGUGUCCCCGAUCUUGAUGUCACUUAAGACAGGUGAAUCGAUCCUCGAAACAUCCAAUGGCAAACCGAACCGAAACAGCAUGGUGGAAACGAAGGUUCAAAGGACACAAUCAAUUCACCUGCUGAACGGAAACCAGACAAAUGUGAACAACAACACCACCAAUGGGUCCGCCGUUACACCUGCUUCGAAUGGGUUGUGUGGUACGGAUCGCUCCCACCAGCAGAACGGAACCUUCGGAUCUAACCUGAGCAACGGGAAUAAUCACACGAUGAGCGCGAAGCAACAACACACCACCAACAAGGAGAAUGAAGUACUCGACAACCGCAAGCUGGACAAUAAUACGAAAAAGUUUGCCUUUCUCUCGCAGCCUACCAUUCCCGAUUAUCGACCACAAACGAUUAUCGAAAAGAGUCAGAAAACGUCCACCAACCAGAGUACAAAAAUUCAACAGCUGCAGGCAAUUUUUGGGCAGCAGACCACGAACCACAAGGACAUCGCUAAUCUGCAGAACAAUUUGCUCAGCAACUCGCGCAACAGCUCUCGGAACAGCUCGCUGGAAAAUAUCAACCUACUGAACUCAGAAAAUGAGCUUCGGAAGGCCUUCAAUAAGCAAGCGGACGAAAUCAAGAGUCUACGUAAAUCGCUCAACGGUUCGGAGAAGCGUGUACGCGAGCUGGAGGCCGAAGUGAAGCGGCUGCAACUGCAGCUGAAGCAGUAUCAGUAGUGCACCCAGACGCCAAAAUUAUGUCUCUCCUUCUAACGAGGGGCAGUCAGACAAGGCAAACAACCAUUAGCAAUUUGGUGUCGCUUUUGAUACAUUGUGAUUGGUAUUGUGAUUACGAAGGGGGUUUUAUCCGUUUUUCGCGCCGUCUAAUAUUAUAUAAGGGAUAACGAGCUGUGUGUACGUGUGUGUAUGUUCGUGUAUGUCUGUGCUGUCGAACACAUCCGCGCGUAAAAAGCAGGAAGCAGGAUGCUGCCACGCUAUAUGGCGAUGUUUGCGAAAGGAAGACGAAAAGGCGUAUGUGUGCUUGAGUGAUCGUGUAUAUUAAAUAGGACGCAGCUGGAAGGAAGCAUUGAAAGACAGAGUACUAGCGAAAGUAGUUACCAAUUCCCCGUUUCUGAACUACUAUCACUGUCGUCCUGCAGCAGGCGGGAACAGUAAACUUUAACGCAAACAUACAACCAGCACAAGCACCAACCUACCCCCACGACUCUGGUAGUUGAAGAGGGCAUCAUGAACUAUGGCUAUGUUGGAAAAUGGGGGGAAAAGCACCAUUUCUCGUUCGCGUUUUUCUCUGCCAAAAGCUUAUACCGACGAUCGGACGGUAUGGUAAAGCUUUUAUGUAUUGCUUACACUACACAAAAAGCUGCUGACAAGAAUUUGCGUGACAAAAUUCGCUUUUAAUUCGCCGAUAUGCGCAUAAAAUAUUGCUUCGAAUGAAAGCAACAGUAAUAGCACUAAUCGCUUGCACAAUGGAUCGUACACAGAACGAUGGAAUUACAAUAGCUAUUAUGCUUCGCGCCACAUAUAUACAAAUAACGAUAUACAAGUAUUAUCUAACUAUGAUUUGUGUGUAACCGAUAGAACUUUUUACCACCAUGAAUCCAUUUUCCGUACCGCUCACAACGGCGAGAGACGACUAGACAUUGUGCUGAUGGUAUUGCAAAUAAUAUUGCAAACACUGUGUCCCUUUUGGUUUUUAUGGAGUAAUUAAUUUCCCGCAUAAGGGCUCUGCUGUUCUUAACAUGGCAGGAAAGCUGGCGGAUUUUGGAUCAACAAAUGACAAAUUGAAAACAUUUGCCCAUCGCUAAGGCGCAGUGUUUCAGUUUACACAAAACACGAAACGAACAGGCAUUUUUUCCCCUUCGAUAUGAAGCUAUGCUAUAUACAUAUAUAUAUUUAAUGUAGAAUUUUAUUGAGUGAUAUACUCAACAUUACGUCGUGUCGAGGUCGUAUCGGUAAGACAGCUAAACGCUAGUGUGGAGAAAUGCAUAAUUUAAACGUAAACCGCUAAAUGAUGGACGUGAAACGCUGAAACAUGUGGCUGCAUUAACAAAAGCUAUAAGAUGAUGAAAACAGAGUACCGUAAUGAUAAGAUUUUUCUCUGUUACGUUGAUGUUUUAUGAAAGAAUUUGCUUUUAGUUCCCAAAGUGAAAGGAUACAACACGUUGUUUUAAGGCUUU